AGAAGCAAACCAAGAAACAGAAGCAUGCCGAGAAAUAGAAGCGCUCUAUGCCAGUGUCACGCUGCAUUUUGUGGUCGACGCUUUUGGCUUGCAUCUCCUGAUGAUGGUGUCGCCCAGUCACGUGCCGACGGGUCGUCCUGCAGGCUGCUGCUCAUGGUGCCCCAGACAAUAAGAGCAGGUAUCACCGUCCAGUCUCUUGCCUGCGACCACUUCCUUUUCUGACUCAGUAAACUCUCGUAUAUAGAAUGUUCGCUCUUAGAAACAGACUCGCUCCCCAAUUGGCCCGCUCUUUCUCCUCGUCGUCUUCCAGACUCGUUGCUGCCGGAGACAAGAUUCCUUCGGUGUCCUUGUUUGAAGGUUCGCCAGGAAACGAGGUCAAUUUGGCCGAGGAGGCAGCCAGCGGCAAGGCUGUGAUUGUUGGUGUUCCAGGCGCCUUUUCGCCUGCGUGUCUGGCCUCGCACAUCCCUGGGUUCUUGAGCCACUUGUCUGCUUUCCAGGAUAAGGGAUACAAGUCCAUCUAUGUGACAGGUGUCAACGACGCCUUUGUGUUUAAGGCUUGGGGCGAGGCCAUCAAUGCCAAGGGCACCGAGGGUGUGCGCUUCUUGGCCGAUCCCAAGGGCGAGUUUGCCAAGAAAUGGGACGUGCUUUUCGAUGCCUCCAAGUUCUUUGGCAACGAGAGGUCUGAGAGAUACGCCGUUUUGGUUGACAACGGCAAGGUCACACAUGCGUUUGUCGAGCCCGAGAAGACUUCGAUUGAUGUUUCCGCUGCCGAGGAGGUCUUGAAGCAAAUCUAGAAAAUCUGACUAGACUGUUGUAUCCUGGGCUUCUAUACUCGUAUAAUACACAUUAAUGAGACAAUCUUGCGUAGAGGCUGUGAGGGUCUUUCCUGAUGCCUCCUCUCAGUAUACAUGUUACUUGGUUUCGAAAGAGCACUUCUUUUAUUUAGCGUACUGUAAUCCGGACUUCGAGAUUCACCGAUGCCUCCGGCAUGCACGUUUGC